AUGCAGACGAUGUACCUUUCCUUAGGUUAUCGAUGGAACCCUAAGAAAUGCGUCGUUGUUGAUCCCAACCCUUCAUGUCAAAAAUACUACCUCUACAAUAGUGAACUACCCAACGAAGAUUACUUCCCGUACCUUGGUGUUCCUAUAAAAUCCGGUGGUAUUGUCGACAAAUCAGCACUCUUACAACAAAACAUUAACAAAGCACUUGGAACGAUGAGACAACUUAUUACCCUUGGUGUCAACAAAAAUGGGCUUGAUUACCUCCUUUCAACGCGCUUCUAUGCCCAGAUAGUCCGACCACAGCUGGAAUAUGGUCUAGCAAUUACAACCUUCAAUUCACGGGAAAUUCAAUAUCUCGAAAACUGCCAAAACCAAUGCAUUCGUCAAAUCUUCGGUGGACGACCCUUCACCUCUACCAAGGUAAUGCUACAUUUAACAAAUUUACCAAACAUGAAGGAUCGUAUUUCCAUACUUCAGGCACAAUUUCUUUUCAGAACCUCCUUCCUACCCGACGAUGCAUUAUUAACAAAAUUGCUACCAUACAUACAAUCACAGCGUAUCUCGAAGUGGUCCCAACUAUCUAAAUCACCUCUAUGGACAUCAUUCAGCAAUGAAUAUCUCGAAACUAUGUCCCAUGGUAACUUUAUUAGAAAACAAAGACAGUUUUUGAUUGACAACCACCGUUCAAAGCUCCAAGAAAAACAUUCUAAACUUCUGUCCCACUGCCGUAAUGAUCUAAUUGUCGACCCUAUUCUUCGGAUACCAAUGACAAGAAGUGAACGGUCUCGUUGCGUACGAUGGCGACUUGGUUGGUUACCUCUUGGUAAACCCCAAGCCUGUCCCUUUCAUCCAAAUGAACUUUUUUCACGACAGCAUAGUUUUUCUUGUUUAGAUAUGCACAACCGCCUUCAGAUGCCCAAAUCUAUUGACGAUCCACUUUCCUAUCUUUUGAACCUCUUACCACCAACAUUCCUUACCAAGAAAACGAGAAAAUCAAUCGAUGCCUGGCUCAUGCGUUGGCCUUCCAUAUGUGCAAUAUUACUCGAAAUGGACUACUUAGCUCAUUCUCAGUUUCCUGAAGCUUCAAACCAUCUUGGUGAACCCUUUAUCAAACGUCUUCGUUAUAUUCAGUAA